GCAUGGAUUUCCCCGACCACAGCAAGAACCUGUUGCGGUGUCUGCGGGAUCAGCAGCACGAGGGUUUCCUUUGUGACUGCACGGUGCUGGUGGGCAGCACCCAGUUCCUGGCCCAUCGGGCCGUGCUGGCCUCAUGCAGUGCCUUCUUCCACAUGUUCUACAAGGAAGGGCUGGACAAGGGGGACUUGGUGUGCGUCAACAACGAAAUUGUCACCGCCCCAGCAUUUGCGCUGCUCCUGGAAUUCAUGUACCAAGGCGGCCUCUCCUUCAACGACACUCCGGUGGAGGACAUUCUUGCUGCCGCCAGUUACCUGCACAUGAAUGACAUUGUGAAGGUGUGUAAAAAGAAACUGCAGGCCCGGGCUUUGGCUGAAGCAGACAGCACCAAGAAGGAAGAGGAUUACCCGGCCAGCUCGGAACUUCUGCCCAGCACCUCCAAGUGCCAACUGCGGGCCCCUGAGGCGCAACCGUUGCCCCCUCCGCCCCCUCAGCCUUGUGAAGCAGAGAAGAAAAACACAGAGGAAUGGAAAGGAGUAGAGAAAGCUGGUUCUGAGGAACCCCUGGCCUCCACCCUGGAUGUGGCGGACACCACACAGCCUGGCAUGGAAGGCGAUUCCCCACAAGCUCUUCCUCCAACCAGACCCCUCCCGCCAGUUAUCGUUGACAUCUCCCUCUCCAGCCCCAGCAGUUCCACUGAAACCAUCUCACAUAGCUGCUUUCCUCUGGGGAACAUUGUCGAGGGGCCUUCCAGUAUAGACACUGCUCCGGCGAAGUAUGUGGAACAGCGGGAAGGAAGCCUCCGCGUAUUUUGCCAAAAGGAACCAAACAGGUCCUCCGUCAAAGUCAAAAUGGAAGCUAUUGUGAUCUCCGAUGAGGAGCCAGACACGGCUGAGCAGCUGGAGGGGCGGAACUCGGAGGGGAGGCUAGAGAGUGUCUUCCAGCGGCCCGCUGUGGAGGGAGGGUCAGCCGGAAGCUGCAGCCGCCACUUGGACAACUUUGCAGAGCCUGGUGGGCUGGAGGAGGUAUCUUCAGAGGGCAGCUUCCUGACUCAGGAGCCCGUACCCUAUCAUAUGAUCCCCGUUCCUGGGGGGCAAAGUUUCUCCAACAUGGCGAUUCCACCACUGCACGAGCAGAUGUAUCUGCAAGACUAUGAGGUUCACCCUAACUUUGGCAUCUUCACAGAGGACAUGCCCACUUGUAAGACAUGCGGAAAGACCUUCUCGUGCUCCUACACGCUCCGGCGCCACGCCACGGUCCACACGCGGGAGCGCCCCUACGAAUGCCGCUAUUGCAUGCGGAGCUACACCCAGUCUGGAGACCUCUACCGGCACAUCCGCAAGGCGCAUAACGCAGACCUGGCAGCCAAACGGUGCAAACAGGACGUGGAGAAUCCCUCGUAGGGUGCCCACA